AUGAAGUCCAACGCGGCGCCAUCCAAGGGCAAGGCGGCCUUCGAGCUGAAGCACAGGCUGGCGCAGGCGCUGAACAAGAUCGGCGACAGGGACACGUACCAGAUCGGGCUGACCGAGCUGCAGAACUCCACCGCCGCGCUAUCCCCCGACACCAUCGGCCCGUUCCUCUCCUGCGUGGCCGACACCGACGCGGACCAGAAGAGCGCGGUGCGGAGGGAGUGCGUCAGGGCGAUCGGCGCGCUGGCGCGGUCCCAGGGGGGCCUGCUGGCGCCGCACAUGCCCAAGGUGGUGGCCAGCGUGGUGAGGCGGCUCCGGGACGCCGACUCGGUCGUCCGCGACGCGUGCGUCGACACCUGCGGCGCGCUCUCGGUCUGCGCGAGGGAGUACGGGGACGGUGGGGCGGGGGUGGUGGCGCUGGUCAGGCCGCUGUUUGAGUCGCUGGGCGAGCAGAAUCGGUAUGUGCAGGCCGGGGCGGCGCUGUGCCUGGCCAAGGUUAUUGACGAGAGCAGCUACUUCCCCGGCCCUGUUCUUCCCCAGAUGCUUGGCCGUGUCGUCAAGAUCCUCAAGAACCCGCAUUUCAUGGCCAAGCCUGCGGUGAUCGAGCUCAUCAGAAGCAUUGUUCAGGCUGAAGGUGCUACUACAGAGCAGGCUUUAUCAUCAGCACUAACAAGUAUUCUGGAUUCCCUGAAGAGUAGUGACUGGACUACAAGGAAAGCAGCUUCUCUAGCCCUUUCUAGUAUCGCUGUCAGCUCAGGAUAUUUGGUUGCCUCUUUCAGAACUUCCUGCCUUCGCUCCCUUGAGCGUUGUAAGUUUGACAAGGUAAAACCGGUGCGUGAUGCAGUUACCCAUGCCAUUCAGUUGUGGAAAGCUAUUCCAGGGUCUGAUACUCCAGAACCGUCAGAAGCUGGAUCAUCCACAAAAGAAAACUUCUUUGGUGAUCGUCAUAACGCCAGAAGUGUACAUGAUGGGGAAUCAAGAGAUACUUCUUUUAGAAGAGUUGAUCCUACACCUUCAGCAUCUGUUAUCAGUGGCAGUUCUAUCACUUCAGUAAAGAGGAGGUCCCCAUUGUCUGUCAACAAAAUACCCCAAAACAAUGCCUCAAAUCAGCAGCGUUUGCAGUCAAGUGACUGGCAUGUGGAGAUAUCAGUCCCGAAACAGAAUACAAUGCUAGAUCUUGGGAAGAAGGGAUACGGCAACGACUGCAUGUUGAAAUAUGCAAAAGGAAGUGCUUAUGAAAUCGUAAAUGAAGAUGGCAAGUAUGACUAUGAUCCCAUGGAUGAUAAGCAAGAUUGCUCUUCUUUAUCAGAAGUGGCCAGCAGGAGCUGUGAGACAAAGCAUGUCACCUCUGCUCUGGAAGUCACUGAAGACUGUGAUUCCGCACAAGUUACUGAGCUGUGCCCUAGGGUUCGAGAGGGUAAGAGCAUUGAUUCCAGUGUUACAGAUGUCACUUCACAUGGCACACAUACUUGUUGUCUGAGUGCGACGAAAGAAUUAGCCCUUAUUAGGAAGCAACUACAAGAAAUGGAAAGGAAGCAAGCCAAUCUUUUUGAUCUUCUGCAGGAAUUCAUGUCAAACUCUGUGGAGAACAUGUCAGUGCUGAACUCAAAAGUACACAAUUUGGAGAAUGCUGUUGACAAAACUGUGUAUGCAGAUACUCAAAGUGAAAACCGCUAUCAACUUCCUGGUUCCAAGGUCUUCAAGAACCAGACCGUCUCUUCUUCACCCAGGCUUUCUAAUUUGACACCUAGAUCAUCUGUUGGUGCUAACUUUAAGCCACCAGCAAUUCCUCGUUUGAAACAUGAAAAGAAGUGGGCUCAUGAUCUACCAUCUAGGGGCACAAGCGAAUGCCUGAAAGAGGGACCUGAAUUUCUAAAGGGCCACGCGCGUAACAGCGUUAUGAAGUCUGGGGCUGGGAGCUUAGAGGAAAGAUACAUUCCAUGUUCAGUGCGGAAUCGAGCAUCAGGGAUUAAGGGGAUCUUUCAGGUUCCAUUUACGAGUUCGUGUGAUCAGCUUGAUCUGCAAAAUGCAUCAUGUGCUGCUAAUCAGGUUGGUGAGUUUCAUGAUGCUGACGGCAUGGAGCCUGCAUAUGCAGAAGCCCUUAGCUAUGGUGAUUGUGAUGAUCUCAUUGACCUGAUGGAUAGAACCGGACCUGUUCUUGACAAGUUAUCACGUGAAACAGCAAGCGAACUUCUAAGGGUUAUUGUUGGCCAAUUCCUCAAUACAAAGUUAUUUGAAUUGGCACUGCCUUGGAUUCAACAGGUACUUGAUUUGAGCACGGCUUACAAGCCAAGCCAAGUCUUUGUGUCUGUGAGAGCUCAGAGGGAGUUCCUUUCUGCAUUGGAGGAAGCAGCAUCCAGUGGAUCCACAGAACCAGCCAUCAGAAUUGCCAUCGUGCAGCUUACAUUUAAACUGACCAAAGUUUGUGAGGCUGUCCCAUGCAGGAAAAUCUCAACUAGGGUGUCCAGAGGAACUGAAUCCAUCAUGGCUGCUGCGAUGUGAAACAUUUCGCCCCUUGUGAUAUAACCCUAGCCUAUGUCCAGACUUCAAACAUGGGCCUGCAGUGGUGCUUUAGGGAGGUUGUUUUCUGUUCUUGUUGUGAUGAUGUAUACUAGUUACGACUACUGUGUGCAAGUUUAGUAGUAGUUUAUUAGCUAAGAAAAUGUGUGUUUUAUUGUGUAUUAGAACAACACCAAGAAAGCGCUAGUUGUUGUUUUAGCCUUGUGUGGAGUUUUCUCUUUUGCAAAAGAUAAUCGACGAGCUUUGGAGUUUAUGUUUGACCAGCAAUGUAUUUGUUGAUCUUUGAU